AUGGGAGAAGGCUCCAAGGGCCAGGUGCCCCAUGAAGUCAGGAGCAGCUUUGAGGAGGAAGAGGAGGAUGACAAGGAGAACAUCCCAGCACUGGAUAAUUCCCCCAACUGGGCCAUUGGUGGAGAAUUUGGCCCAACAUGUGCUCAGGGUGCCUCAAGUGGUCCCAAUUUGGUCUAUGCAGCACUGGAUAAUUCCCCCAACUGGGCCAUUGGUGGAGAAUUUGGCCCAACAUGUGCUCAGGGUGCCUCAAGCUCCAAACGGGGAGGGCUGGGACGGCAGCCGGCUCCCUCCAGCCCAGGAGAGGCGGCAGAGACAGCGACGUGGGCUCAGCGCGCAGAGGCAGCCGCGGAGCCGGGCGAUGCGGCGCGGAGGGCGCGGAGCGAGGCCGUGGUGUGCGGCAUCUGCAUGGACCGGGUGUACGAGAAGGCGCUGCCGGAGGAGCGGCUCUUCGGGAUCCUCCCCAACUGCGGCCACGCGUACUGCCUGGGCUGCAUCCGCAAGUGGCGCCGCAGCCGGGACUUCCAGACUGCGGUCAUCAAGGCCUGCCCGGAGUGCCGUGUCACGUCCAGUUACUACAUCCCCCACAAAUAUUGGGUCUCGGAGGCGGAUGAGAAGGAGAAGCUGAUCGAAACCUUCAAGGCCCGGACGGGGAAAAUAAGGUGCAAGUUUUUUGUCCGGAGCCACGGCCACUGCCCGUUUAAGUCGGACUGUAUCUACCUGCACGAGUUCCCAGCUGGCCGGACCCCCCGACACAGACGGCGGCGGCCGAGGAUCCCGGUUGAGUUGGAGCCCGCUCUGUCGGAGAGCUCGGACGAGGAGGACGGGGAGCUCUGCAUCCUCGAGUGGGCUCUCGCCUUGGCCCUGAUGGAGGCUGAUGGCCGGUACUCCACUUUCGGCCAGGAGAGCCUCUUCACGGACUUCAGCGACUCUGACUAGAGCCUUGGGGAUACCCCGCCGGCUCCUCGCGCUCUCAACGGCGACAAAAUGUUUCCUGGAAGGGACAAGCAUCUCCUUUUAAAGUGCUUAGCUCCCUGCUGGCAUCGCCUCGGGGCGGCUCUGGGGCACCUCGGCGGCCGGAUGCUGUUUCUCCUGCUACCCUGGUGCAGGUGGAAGGACCCACCGCGUCCCGCCCUCCGCGAAGGCGAGGGGGCGAAGGGGCUGCAGCGGUCCCUUGGUGAUGGGGGCACCGUGUCCCCUUCUGCCCGCUCUCCUUGGCAG